AUGAAGGCUGCCUUCCUGGUGCUGCUCCUCUGGGCCGUAGCCUGCGCUCACCCUGUGCCCGGCCAUGACCCUGCCCGCCCCCGCCGCAGCGUCCAGCAGGAGGACACAGCAAGUGAAGGUUACAGCAACAAGCUGGGCAACCUCCUGGAUGGUAGAGAUCGCAGACAUCCUUCUGCCAGUGCAGAGAGGGGGGACAAUGCCCUUGCCAGGGACCCGGCGGGUGGGAACGCCGUGGGUGAGGACCUGGGCGAGCACCGUGGCCAAGACAAGGGAGGCAGAGCUGGGGAGGCUCAGCACCUGAACCAGGUGGACCACGUGGACGCGAGUGCCCAGGAUGGGAACGGCCUCGGUUUCCUGGACGAGGAUGCACACGAUGCUGAUGAUGGUGACAACAGAGAGUACCACCGCACUGGAGUCAAUGGGCUUCCCUCCCACACCGGUGGGCUCCUGGACGAGGAGGAUGAUAGUGGGGACGACACCUUCGACGAGAACGGGGAAGAGGAGGGGGGCGAACGUCCUACUUACGUGGCUGGUGCCGACAGGGCAGGUGAACACGGCCAUGACAACGGCCGUGGGGACGCCGAGGUUGGCAGAGGGCACGGUGACAGCAGCAGCAGUAGCAGCAGCGAGAGCGCUGGGGCGGACCAUCAGCGGUACAGGAACUACCUUGGCAGCCGGUAUAAGCAGACCUACAGGCGGAGAGGGGGCAGCAGCAGCAGCCAGGAGGAGGAGAGCUACGACUUUGAGGACGAAGCCAUGCAGGGCGAUGACCCCUCUGUCUUCGAUGGCCCAGGCAGCAGCUACAAGGGGGCAGCAACCUACAGGCGGAGAGGGGGCAGCAGCAGCAGCCAGGAGGAGGAGAGCUACGACUUUGAGGACGAAGCCAUGCAGGGCGAUGACCCCUCUGUCUUCGAUGGCCCAGGCAGCAGCUACAAGGGGCGUUGGGCUGGCUCCCGCGCCCUGGGGAGCAGCCGAGAGAGCGGCCGGGGGGCUGGCUCGCACCGCUGGGAGGAGGGCGACAGCAGGUCCCCAGAGGUGGAGGAUGCUGACUCAGAAGAAGACAGCCCAUCCAUGGAGGACAACAGUCAGUCAGAAGAGCCUGUCGACAGCCAGUCAGAGGAAAACAGUGCCAGCCGCUCUGGGGAGGAUGGGGAUGGGGAGGACAGCCCCUCCAGGCAGGGCGAGGGCAGCGAGUCCAAUGAGGGCACCGCCGACCAGUCGGACGAAGAGCCAGGGGAGUCCCCGGAGGAGACCUCCCAGGAGGUGGUGAGUACGUCGAGAGAGCGCAGCGGCAGCUUGUCCCGGGAAGGGCAGGAGGACCGGGAGUCUGCCGAGGACCGGAGUGCGACGUCGGCGCCUGACAGUGAGUCCGGGGAAGACGAGGGUGACCAGAGCAAGUCUGGGGAAGACGAGGGUGAACAGAGCCAGUCCACAGAGGACACUGUGGAGGAGUCAAAGGAGGAUGAUAAUGACUCUGACACUGAUGGGGACGUGCCGAGCACAUCAGCGGAGAGCCAGAGCGCAUCCCCAGAGGAUGACGGCAGCCAAGAGGACAAUACAGGCGAGGACAGCAGGUCCACAGAGAGCAAGAACAGCGAGUCCCAGGAGGACGAUGAUGAUGACGACGAUGAGGAGAGCCACUCCCAGGAGGAUGCCACCCACGAGUCCAGCAGCCAGUGGGAGCCGCACACGGCGGCCGGGGGCAAACGGCGGCCGGGUGCCUACCGCAACAAGCCUGCUACCGACUACGAUGACAACGACUGCCAGGACGGGUACUGA